AUGGUGUACCUGUGGAAGCCGCAGCAGGUUCUGGCUGUGCUGGUGUUGAUGAUGUUGAUGUUCACUGUGUUUUCAGACUAUGGGCCACUCAGAUAUCUUUUCUUCGGCCUGUCUCUGUUGAUCUACAUCACUAUAAUCUCUGCUAAUGCUGUCAUUGUUCUGUCAGUCUGCCUGGAGACCUCUCUACAUCAGCCCAUGUAUAUUUUCAUCUGCUCUUUGUGUUUAAACUCUCUGUACGGCUCAACCGGCUUCUUCCCCAGGUUCCUGAUGGACCUUCUGUCUGACACUCAUUUCAUUUCACGUCCAUUCUGUUUCAUUCAGGUGUACAUUAUGUACACUUAUCUAGGAGAUGAGUUGAAUAUUCUCACUGUCAUGGCCUAUGAUAGGUUUGUUGCUAUUUGCCAGCCUUUACAAUAUCACAGUAAAAUGACAUUUAGGAUGGUGCUACUUCUUUUGACACUUGCUGUGUUGCACCCUGUGUGUAUUUUAGGCUACUUUGUCUAUCAGGCCAGCAGUUUGCCUUUGUGUGGAAAUAGCAUGAACAGGGUUGCUUGCAACACCUGGUCUAUAAUUGAGCUCUCCUGUGUGGACACAACUGUGAUCAGCAUAGCAAGUCAGAUUUUUGCUAUAAUAUCAAUGUUCAUCCCCCUGUUCUUUGUCCUGUACACCUACCUGCGCAUUCUUCUUGUCUGCAGGAGAAGUUCAUCUGAAUUCAGAGGAAAGGCCUUACAGACCUGCCUACCUCACAUAGUGACUUUUGGGAACUUUUGCAUCUCUUUAUUCUGUGAGUUUUCACUGAGUUGGUAUAAUGUUGAUGGACUAACUACAUUUGCUACUGUUUUAUCUCUGGAGUUUCUGAUCAUUCCUCCCAUCAUUAACCCUCUAGUUUAUGGCCUGAAUCUGCCUCAGAUCAGAAGGGUGAUUUUUGCAUUUCUAAGGGCAGGAAAAAGGCUUCAUCUUCCAUAA